UAAAACAAGUUUUUUUUUGCUUAAACAGAAAUUUGUUUUAAAGCAUUUGUAAAUAAUAAAGUGAAUUGAGAGAGUAUAAUUAAGAUUGGAUGGUUUUUUAUUAUUAUUAACAUUAUCUGUAAUGGCUCAAAAGUAGCUGUUGACCUAAUAAAACAUUUAAUCGCAUUUACAGUUACAAUUAUAUGUUAUAAGUUAUACUUAUAUGACUGAAUGACUGAAAAGUAACUUCACUUUAAAGUAAUCCAGCAUAAUUAUUCACUUAAUUGAAAAGUUGUUGGGAAGCAUUGUUGAGUAAAUAUAAAGAAAAAGCUGUGCAAAUAUAACGUGAAUGUAUUACAAAGUAACUUAGCAAUUUGCAUUAAAAACGAUUUACGUAUUACAUUUGUUCUUCUUCGUUUGUGUUAAAACAAACUAUUAAAUAUUAAAAUAAAUUUUAUUAGACAGACUUUUGACAAAGUAGUCUUUGUAGAGAUGGCAAGUAAAAAUAACCAAAAGUCACUACUUAUGUUUUCAUUCUUCAUCAGAAUGUUUUUUUGCGGAGUAGAAUAUUCAGUCAUUUUGCCUUCCGUUAUACCUUAUAUGAAAAGUUUGCAUUCUAGCAAUUUAAAAAUAGGGAUUGCUGUUGGUAUUUACCCAUUUGCAUCAAUGUUUGCUUUACCCGUGUUUGGUUUUCUUUAUGAUAAAACUAAAAGACUGAAAGAAAUCAUGCUUCUUCAAAACUUUUUUCAAAUAUCUGGCAAUUUGCUAUACGCCUUACAUUACUCAGAGUAUUUUCCUAUUGCUGGGCGAUUUGUAGCUGGCCUGGGAGAUGGGUUUUCAGCAUGCGCUAUUGGUGAAAUGACAGCAAUUUACUCAAACUCUAAAAGAGUGGGCAUGAUGUCAAUAAUAGAAUCUGGAAGAGUUUUUGGGUUGAUUAUUGGGCCUGCUUUAAAUGUUUUUAUUUCUAAUCAUUCGUUUGUCAUAGAUCAUUGGAUAUUGGAUUACAAAACAUUGCCUGGUGUAUCUAUGGCUUUUGGUUGGUUUUUGAUGAGCCUAAUUACCAUUUUUUGCGUUACCAAUAUAUCUUUAAGGGAAUCUGAAGCGGUCAAAUAUUUAUCUCUUUCUGAAAUAAAGCAAGAAGAAAACGAAAGUGCAGUUGAUUACCCAAAUCAUAAUUACGAUUUUUUACAACAAGAAGACAUAUUCGAGCCACAAAACACUACCUAUAUUACUGAUAACUCCUUGAAAAAAAAACAUUCAAUAAAGGAGUAUUGGUUAAGUGCUAAAAAUUCAAUCUUAUCAUUAGAGUUUUUAGUAAUUUUUUACACAGACUUUAUUUUAUGGUUUAUUCAAACACAGUUUGAAAUUUUGCUACCUUACAUUACCGAAAUUGAGUACGGUUGGACUCCUAUACAAACUAGUGGAAUAUACAUUGGUGGUGGAAUUCUUUUGUUAGUGAUUUUUUUCUUAAUUUUUAUUCUUUCUCCUAAGUAUCCAGUUCAUGACGUCAAAUUGCUACUUUUUUCUAUGUUUCUUACUCAAGUUUCGUUGUUGCUUGUAAUAUUUGAAAGUGUUCCAAAGUUAAUGUAUCAAAAAGUCAUUAUUUUCUCCAUAAUUUGUUUACUAGUUUUUACUUCGAUACCUUUUAACUUAGUAUGUUCAAGAAAUUUGUUUACAAGAAUGUUUCCAGAAAAAAAUCAAGGAAUUAUUCAAGGCGUGUACUCCUCUGCCUCAAGAUUUUCAAUGAUUGGAGGACCUAUAUUAAUUAGUUUAGUUUUUGGACACAGAAAAUUAUAUGGAGCAAUUGCUUCAGUUUCAUGUUUAUUUGGUAUAGUUUUGUUACUUUGUUCAACAAAUCGAAUUAAAAAAAAAGAGCAAGAUAUGAUUGCUCGUAUGAAGGAAAGAAUAUCAAAUGAUUAAGUUUUAUCCAUUUUAUUAUUAUAAUUAUUUUAAUACUAUCAAUAAUAUUUAUAUUAUUAUACUAUUGUCAAUGAUAAUGCCAUUAUUAAUGUUAACAUUAUUAAUAUUAACAUUGUUAAUAUUAACAUUAUUAAUAAUAACAAUAUUUAUAUAAAAAUUAAACAAUAAUAAAAAUAUUAUAUUGUUUGGUGUUGUUUUGAACAUUGCCAGUGAUAACAUUAGGAUGUUUAAUUUUUUUUAUUAUUAUUAUUUAUUUUUUCACACAAAGACUUAUAAAUUAAAAAUAAGUUUACUUUAAAAUAGAUAAUAUAAAGUUUAAAUACAAAGUUCAACGUAUGUAAAUACGUUGCGACAAUAACAGAGUUAUAGUAUAACAAAAACUGAUAAAAGAAAUGCGGGAAACUUC